AUGGCUUGUUUGGCUGGUAAUUUCCAAAUAAGAACCAGUUUCGAUUAUGCAUUUAUAUCAGACGAAGCAUAUUUCGAAAUUUUAUGCACAUGUACGAUCAUGGAAAAGUAUUGCGAGUGUCAAGGGUCAUUUUGUAGAAACUUUGAAUUCCAGGAAGCGUCUCAACAAGUACAGUUUGGAAGUAUCUUCACGAAUGGGGGAUAUAUCUUUAGAAAAAAUUCCAAAGGCAUUUAUUACGAUGGUCAUGAGAGAGCCGAUGUUAUUGAAUAUCGAAAGAAAUGGGCAAAUCGAAUGAUGGGCUGUAAGACGAAGAUGGCGAGAUUUAGCGAGAAUGAUGAAGUAACUAUGCCACAGCUAUCAACUGAUGAAAAAGCUAUGUGGCUAGUGGAAGGUGAAAAUCCAAUUCGAAAGAAGGGUCCUGGCAUGUCACUUAUGAUUAGUGAAUUCAAAUGUGCAUGCCAUGGUACAAUGUCUAAUGGUGCAUGGUCUAGUCGGGAGGUAUUCCAUCCUGGAGCCGAUAGAGACGGGUACUGGACUAGUGCUCAUAUGUUGAAGCAAUUGGAGAGUAACGCAAUUCCUCUAUUCGAAGUAAUUCACCCUGGAUGUAAGGCCGUCUUUGUAUUCGAUCAAAGUACAAACCACAAGGCGUACAGUCAAAAUGCUUUAAUAGCAAACAAAAUAACCUUAGGUGACAAAGAGGUUGAAGAAGAUGAUCUUUGUACACUGAGGGAUACUACUUUUGUCCGGGAUGGUGAAGAACAAGUACAGUCUAUGUACUACGAGAAGGACGAGUGGUUCACAAAGAAGAGCGGGCAGUGGGUGACGAAGAAGGUGAAAUACGUGAAGGGUGUCCGUACAAUCCUAGAGGAGCGUGGUAUGUGGUUGGAGAAGGACCCAUACAAUCCUACUUCUCAGCCAGAUUUUAUGUCACAGAAAACUGCUCUUCAUGAGGCUGUCGAAGUAUCUGGUCACAUCUUCGAAUUGUACCCGAAGUUCCAUUGCGAAUGCAAUUGGAUCGAGAGGUACUGGGGUUCUGCAAAGCGUGAAGUUCGUCUUCAGUGUGACUAUACUUACAAUUCCCUGGAUAAGAAUAUUCAUACUUUUCUUGAUAAUGCUGGAAAGCUUUCUAACGUCCGCAACUAUUAUAACCGAUCAUGGCGUUACAUUGAGGCAUACAGCCAAGACAUGAAUGUGAAAGAAGCCCAUGAUUCUGUCAAGCAAAUUCAUUUCAAAUAAAUAUAUAAUAUCAAUUUCUCU